UCUAGAUAUACUGCGAGUACAUGAUCGGCAUUAAUCAAUACGCGAUGUUCACCCCAAACAGAUGGACCGUCGGGGAGUGUCGAGAUGUCAAGUGUCAUCCUGGUGAUCGAAGAGAUCAGGAGAACAGCGAGAGUCUCUGUCGAAGUCCGGUUUCACUCUUAGAUGAGAAGAUUGCAUCUUCUUCUAGUCUAAGCAUGGAACAACAGGUUAGACCAUCGGCUAGUCAACAUUUGCUUCAUACCAUCAAGGCAAGACGGAAGUCAACUUUGAAACGCAGGUCGUCGACUACUUGCUUUGACGUAGUCAUGAAGCGAUCAGUGCCUGGUGAUGUUUGCACGGCGACGAAACCAUACCAUGGGAACACACGUGUAGACAACUCUCUUCUUGUGACCACGAAGAAGUUCAUGGCGUUGAAGAACGUCAAUGAUACUGUUAAUUUGAACAAUGCUGCAGAAGAACUCAAUGUUCCAAAACGUCGUUUGUACGAUAUCACUAAUGUGCUUGAAGGAAUCAAUUUAGUUGAGAAGAUUGGCAAGAAUAGCAUAAGAUGGAAAACAAACGAUGGUGACGCUUCUGUGCUUGAUGCAUUGAAGAAGGAUUGUAGAGAUUUGCAAGCAGAAGAGAUCGAGCUUGACGCUGUAUUGCUUGACUUGACGUCCGCUGUAAAGCUUCUAAGGGAAGACCCGACAAGCAGUCCUUACGCAUACUUGCGAAUUCGAGAUUUGCGAAGUUUGGACACACUUAAGGAACAGACUUUAGUAGCCGUGAAAUCAUUACCAGAUACGCACUGUAGCAUUGAGCUUGCCGAUCUAUCGCCGACAGGAAGAUACCAAUUGAAAAUCAGUACAGAUAACUAUUCUGCGUUGAGAACUUAUCUCUGUUCUUCGGAAGCUUAUAUUCAUUCCAAUGUUGAGGAUGUGCUAUCUGCAAGCGAUCAUGUCGGAUACUCAGUCCUCUCUUCUACAACAAAAUAUUCCAAGGAAACACAAAACUCACAAAACUUCACGUUAGGGACUACAGAGGAGGCGAAACCAUCGACCUGCGACGAGGAUGCUUUGAAAAACAUUGUGCUGCCCAAAACGAAAUUUCACAACGAUUUUUUCUUGGAUAGCGUCACAACAAACAACGUCUCACUGCACGCUGGAACGUGUAUCAGUCCAUUAAAGAUGCUCCUAGAUUCUCAGACUCAAUUCGUGAGCGAUUCGGACAGUUUCCCAUCGCAAGAUAGACUAGAUCCAGAUUUCUACAAUUUUCUUUCGACCGGACUUAGCACCACUGAUCUCUUUACUACCUCGGACUGGGAAUUGCACGAUAAGUAAUAGCUUUUGAAUGGUUUUUGGCGUAAGCUUCGUGGCUACUCAACUCAAUUCAUGUACAUCGUAAUAAGUGCCUGCCAAUGAGAAUGCUUUUUUAGAGGCAGUUUCAUGACCUGCGUUGUGAUUUUUUUUUCAAAUCUAAGUUCAUGAUAUCUUUAGAAGAAGUCUAUAUAUCUGUGUAGCUACAAUUUACCAUGUUUUGCAUGCUUAUUUGCCAGUCAACUCAUCAUAAGACCAAUAAAUUGUGCAGAUGACACGUUUAUAUUUUCAGUU